AUGGUGCUAGAUGAUGUACCGGCAAAAAUCAUCGCCAUGAUCAGGGCCUAUUAUCGUUCCACUACUGCGAGAGUCCUGGUCCGCAACAAUCUUACCCAAUCGUUCGGUAUUCGGUCUGGCGUUCGACAGGUUUGUAUCCUGUCGCCCAUUCUGUUCAACCAUGCAAUUGACUGGAUCCUCGGGAGGGCCCUACACGAAGGUGAGGGCGUUGAAUUUGCACCCGGACACCGACCGACUGAUCCCGACUUUGCCGAUGAUAUCGCCUUACUUGCUUCUAGUUUUGGUGAUCUGCAGUCCAUGGUGUUACGGGUGAUCGAGGUCGCUAAAUCGGUCGGUUUAUCCAUAAACGCUGGGAAGACUAAAGUGUUUUCAAGCUGCAUCCCUGACCAGAAGAAGGCACCCCUCGGGAUUGAUGGCCGUCAACUUGAAUAUGAAGACAGUCUUAAAUAUCCCGGGGAGAGGCUGCUGUCGAAUGGGCAGAGUAAGGAUGACAUUGUGUGCCGAAUCGAUGCUGCCAGACGGGUUUUCUUAAGCCUUAGAAAAUGCCUCUGGAUCCGACACGACGUCACACUCGUCACUAAGAUUGGCGUCUGCCAUGCAUCUGUGCGGUUUGUCCCUCUCUACGGUUUUGAAUGCUGGGCUGCGCUCGUGGAGGAGGAGCGAAAACUGGAGGUAUUUGACCACCAUUACUUGAGGACCAUCCUUCGAAUGAAGUACAGCGACUUCGUCUCAAAUGAGACAGUACGCACUCGCUGCGACAACAUUUCAAGAAUAACUCAGGCCACCUAA